AUGGUGAUCAAUGUGGUGAAUGCUUCUUGCAAGCGUAAAGACAUGCUUCGACAAAGUUACAAAGAUAGAGUGCAAGAAGCAAUUAGUAAGUCUGAAAUUGAUACUGGAACAGGAAAAUGCCAAGAGCUUUCUCUUAUACGAGCCGGAGAUACACGGUGGGGUUCUCAUUACAAAACCAUUUUGAGCUUGAUUGCUUUGUUUCCGAAUGUUGUUGAAGUGCUUCGGUAUGUUGAAGAGGACGGGGAUAAUGGUUUUAGUCGCACUCAAGCAACUGAUGAAAGAUUUGCCAAUUUGAGUGGUAUUGCCGAGCUCACUAGACUGCUAAUGGAAACAAAAAAGCAUCAAACUUAUCCUCUAGUACAUCGGUUAUUGAAGUUGGCUUUGGUUUUGCCCGUUGUUACUGCAACAGUAGAAAGAUGUUUUUCUGCUAUGAAGAUUGUGAAGUCAGAUUUGUGCAACAAAAUCGGUGAUGAAUUUUUGAAUGCUGCAAUAAUAUGUACUAUAGAAAAAGAAGCACUUCUCGCAGUUUCAAAUGAUGAUGUAAUUACUCAAUUUCAAAAGAUGAAGAGUCGUAUGGCACAAUUGUAA